UAAAAACCCCCAAAGGCUCUUUCUUCUCGCAUGCCACCUCUGUGGGUCCCAAGACCCGUCAUUGAGGCCGGCCCUUGGUAGCGAUAUGGGCCAUUCCUGCGAGGCGGGGGCACCUCGCAGGCGCAAGAGUUCAUGUACAGUGUAGCGCAUAGAAAAGUGCGAAUCGGCGAGGGAUGCUAAGAUGGUAAAAUCCCAGAGUAAUAAAAAUGGUGAAUCUUCCAGCGGGAGUCCAGUUGGUAGAAGGACAGAUGGAGCAGGAACCGGAUAACGAUGACAAAGCAGGAACAGACAGGCCGGCAGUCUCCAUAGUGUGCCUAUGGGGAACAGUUCUACAAUAGGUCUUAAUCAGGUAGAAGUGGCUAUCGGUCUGCCCGAGUCCAUAGACCAGUCCAAGCUAGUCCAAUCCAGUCCAAUCCACUCCAUAACCCGCAGAUGGACAUGCAUGACCGCCCAGUUUAGAUGACCCAAAGUCCGGUAUGGGGGGGGGAGGCGGAAAUACGAUGGAGCAAGCCAGGCCACAAGGGGCCAUUUGAUGACACGCGAUGAAAAAAUGCGACAUAACAGGCCAAAAGAGGGGACAAACCUCAGCCACGGUUCCGGCCUCCUCUCCCACCGAGGCCUCACCACACCCAUCCUCGGUGGGGCUGCCAAAUACAGGGCGCCGUUGGACAGGCGCCUCGCAGUCCACAAGGCCUCGCCGGGCGCAACCAGCGCCGAUGGAACUGGCGCCGAUGGAGCUGGCGCCGAUGGAGCUGGCAGGCCCACUGACAGGCGAAAAAACGGGCCGGGAUUCGCGCCAGCUGAAACCAGGCCGAAUCCACACCCCGAAGCCGUCGGAGCCAGGCCGAGACCGCCGACGAUCUCAUGCCGCUGGAAAUUGGCCAGGAUCGCCGGGAUCGCCGCUGGGGCAGGGCCAGAGCCGAGGCCGGAGCCCACAGCAAACAGCAGGCCUCCCUCGCCUCCCUCGCGUCCUCGCUUCCUCAAAGAUGGCCGCCCCCUUCCGGACCGCCACUCCGUCCCUCGGCCCGUUCUCGGCUGUUGCAUGUCCGAGAGGCCACAAACCUCUCCAGCGGCAGCCAGACAGAUCAUACCACACGCCGAGGGACCGGAGAAGCCUGCUCCAGCUGCCCGAGUACGAGCCGUCUCCCGCACGUCCCUCCAAGCGUCGUCGAAGGCAGCUGCGUUUUAUGGACGUCGUGACUCAGAUUUCUAAGGAGGAUUUCCAGAAGCAGAUCUCAGAUACCCACAUACAAUGCCAGCCGCUGGAGAAAGUACUUCUGCCAGCCAAGAGGUUGAAGACUCCAGCCGAAUUGUUGAGUAACCCAACCUGCGGAUGGAUGCACCCCACGCUCCGUGGAUUAUGGGCCCGAUGCGCCAACGUCCGGCCGGUGAAUUAUGCCAAGGAUCGAAUCGCUGAGGGGGAAGAACGAAGAGCUGACAUUCCCAGCGAGCUUGAGGAGUUGCGGGCGGCGGAAGAACCGAGCGGACCUCCGGUGGGCUCCUCAGAAAUAUCCCUCGAGACGACCGAGGAAGAAGCUCGCCCAAGCUUGGUGAUACCUGAAGAGAGGAUUCUCCUAGAACCAGAAAGUGGGAUCUUACCCGUUGUGCCUGAACUCCCCGAAAUAAGUUUUGAGCUGCCGCUGGAGAAGGACGUGAUUACCUUGGGCUACGUCCGCAGGUUGGUGGCAGCCAAAAUGGAACAGGUUGAAGAGGUAGAUUUCGACCAGCUGGUGCCCCUCACGGCAUCCCGAGCUGUGGCCAGCCGUUUUUUCUACAUGUGCUUGGUUCUGGCCGCGGCUCAGAUCCUGAACCUGGAACAAAAGGAGGCUUAUGGUCAGAUCAUCAUUAAGCCAGGAGCGCGUUUCUUUCACAGCUAGCAGAUUCAGCUCUGACAAGAUCCCGACAAGAUCCCAGCUGCCUCUUUGGUGAAGAUUCAGGCCUGCUGGGAAGAUCCUGUUUUGUGUUUCAGGUGAAAUUUUUGAAUUAAACCAAUGUAUUUGCUGGUUCCGGUUCGUUGCCUUUCCUACUUUUUUUUUUUUGUAAAUAAAUCUGUUGAAUUUUCAACUGCGAGUGGAGAUUUAUCAUUUUUGGAUUUUGAGUAGAGAUUGCUUUAAAUAUCUAUCUAUCUAUCUACAUAACUGAGAUUGACAAAAUGACUUUUUAAGGUGCUGGCUUAGAAACCAGGAGAUGGCGAGU